CCACCACCGUCGUGUGCCACACCGCUUUAUUUGUUCUUUAUUUACUUGUUUGGAAACAAGCCUGCCGCUCUUAUCUUAUAACCAUCUGUCGUGGUUAUUCGUGGACAGUCGGGUGUAUGACCGUACACUGAGGUACGGGCCCGUGCCCGUAAUUAGUCCACUCGAACCCUCGAUGCACGCCAAGCAUUGUUAAUGGACAGCGUUUGACGACUCGUGCGAUGAGGGGACCAACAGCUGCAGCCUGCUCCCUGCCUCCUCCACUCCAUCGUCUCCCUUCCCCACGUUUACCUGCGGCCCUCGCUUGUAGGUGCCCGCCAGUGUGAGCCCGCGGCCUUUACCUGGCAGACCUAGAGCGUGGAGCAAUCUUCUGUGUUCUCUUUUUAUUUUUUCUCCGUACCCGUGGCAGUUUUACGGCAGUGAGGACAUCGGGAUAAGCAGCAGGGCUUUUUUGUUGUUGUUUUUGAAGGUGCACCUACAGGAUGACGAGGACUUAACGCCUUCAUGAUUCCAGUGCUGUCACGUGUGCUGUGAGCUCGACUGACGUGGGCGUACGACGACUGCCACUCCUAUCGUCGACCCUGGUGUUGGUGGAGGUGGCGCAACUGUUGGUGGUCAGCCGUUGGUCGUGCACUUACGGAGGUCAAGGACGACGCGCCCCUCCCCAACCUUGAGGGCUUUGAUCGUGACCACGUGGUCAGAAAGGAGGAAUGUCGGGAAGACUUACAGUAGCUGGACAAACAACGUUGGGAAGCUCGCCGUAAGAUGCAGCCUGCGGCACAGCAGUCGGAGCUCAAAGUCCAAGCACGCGCCACCAAGCGACUUCCGGCCAGCGCGCGGCGCCAGCGGAGCAAGGGAGACCACUGACGGGUGCGCCGCCGCGCUGUACCCUGCUGCUGCUGCUGCUGUGCUGCUGCUGCUGCUGCUGCUCGCAGCCUGACAGGACGAAGCAACUCGGGUGAGACGCACAACUUCGCUGUCUGUGAACCGCGAGACCUCUCCGCUUGCAGGAGCAGCGAAAGCAACGAAGCUGACAGAAACGGCAGCGACAGCAGCGACGCCUGGUGAGAACUUUACCGACGUCGAUAACUGAACUAGAGGGAGAUAAUAGCCAGUUAUCAACGUGCAGCCAGCGAUACCUCGCUGACGCCAGCCUCCGACAGCAGCCACGACCAGGCCAGCCUCACAGAACAGAGAAUCUCUCACGUGAAGCUCGCUCCACCGCGAACACCCGGAUGCGUGUUUUUUUUAUCUCCCUUGUACGAUAGCGAAUGAACUGUUAGAAAAAAAGAAAAAAAGGAGGGAGAGUAGUGUGAAUGGUUGUUGAGAUUAUCAGCGUGCCAAAGUGAUUGGAGGCAGUGAUAAAGUACGCUUGCCCUCUCUCAAAACCGUUGGUGUGCAGCACGCCAAACCCCAGGACGAACGGUUGAGGGGUCCGAGGCAGAGAGGAGGAGGAGAGAGUUCAGUGAAUCAUCUCUUUUGUGAAUCACAUCAUUGCUGAGCCGGCAGCGAGUAACGAGGGGAGCACCUGUCGAGCAGAGGAGGAGGCUGGCUAACCGGAAGCCAGAGCUUUCAUUUCACGUUCAGGUAAACUGAACAGAAAAGUGGAAAACACCGGGUGGCUAGGGUAGGUGUGUGGCCCGCACCUUUAGACUACUGGUGCCGACUGAUCCUGCAAUUCCACCGCUGAACUUGACCAGAAAACUGAGGAGAUUAAAAAAAAAUGAAGAUUUUACAAAUUAUUUUUUUUAACGUUGUUGAUUAGAGGCGUAACGAGAGGCAAAGAGAAAGUGUCCGUGACCCUCUGCUCUUGACCUUACUGGUAGAUCCGUAGCAGCAGACAUUUGCUCUCCAACUCGUGUUAACCCUCGACUGUGCUAGAAGUGAUAACGUGUACUCAGCUGGUGCUAAUGAUCCAUCUUGUUGCCCAGCGCAACCUAGUUCACCCCCUCCAGCCCUCGGAUAACGAGAGAUAAAGCGAGUGUUCUGUGACCAGCGUGACGGGGGACGGUGUGACCUCCCCUAUGCUUUUGUGUUUAGUUUCAACAGAUGAUGGAGUAAUCGCCAGGAAUAUUGAGAAGUUUUUCAGUGCAAGUUUCAGCACCUAUUGGGUGUUGUACUGUGUGUAUUCUGUUCAAACAUUUGGACACCAGAGUGCAUACACCUGUCAUCGUUUGUGCUGACCUGUGAUACGUCACUCGUGGAGCUGUUAUACAAUUUGCUACAUUCGCCAUCAGGAUUGCACACCCUACAGCUGUUGUUUUUCUUUAAAAGAAAGAAGGGAAGAGUUUUCAUGUUUAAACUAGAUAUUUGGGAGAGCAAUUGUAGGGUUACACACGUUAAGAUAGACAGACAGGGGAGGGGUUCUGGUGACGUCACACAGUAAGCGAUGCACAGAGCGCCAGUCUCGCACCCCUUGACCCUCCUCAACGUCAAACGGCACGACGAGCUGUGGAGUGACUCGGAUUCAGGAAUCACGGCCGGCUCGCGCUCUCCCCCCAGCAAGUCCUCCCCGGACUCUCUGACCGACAGCGACUGUCCGCCGCCAGCAUGGCGCACCCCAGAUGACACCCCCCUAACGGUGGUCAUGGAAGUGAGGGACAUCACCGGUCCAUCUGAGCGGCGGUUGCUGCUGUCGACGUUGGAGGAGGAGGUUGAGGAGGAGGAGCGUCAGAAGCAGCUGCGCGCCACGCUACUGGAGUACCAGCGCCACAAGCAGCUGAGCGAAGAGCUGGCGCAGGUCUACUACUCCUCUCAGUACUGCGCCGACCUCGUGCAGGAGAACUGCCUCCCGGACACAGCAGACUCCUGCAAGCUCAAGUCUGCGACUAAGACCUCGACGGGCGACACGCCUGCUGCUCGGAUUCCUACGACGGCGGAGAGAUUCCAGCUUCAUUCUGUGUACCCGACGGACGACAGUCCAGGCAGGACGGUCCUCCCAGACGAACAGUCUUCUCCCGGCGCUGACGAAGGUUACGGAACAGACAGUCGCUCGUUCACUCUGUCUUCGGCUUUGUCGUCUAGCCUAUCGUCGUUGACGACCGACAGUUCGUGUGGGUCGCAGCGGGCCGUCGGCAGUGUUGCUGGUCUCCCGGGGAUGCAUGGUUACACAGGCGUUAAGCCACAGCCAGUGCCCAGCAGCGGUCGCCUCCAGUGUAAGCGAGGAAUUCUUGUGAAACGCCGAGACCUGCCGCCCGUGGAACGCAUCGAAAGCGCGAGCUUGGAAGAUAGGCUCCGCGCGCUGACGACCAUUGUAGAGGAGGAGUCGGGGUCAUCGACCUCUACGAGAUCCACCGCUCAUCGCCUCUUGCUGGAAGGUCCAUCGGGUGUCAGCUUGAUGGGGCAUCACCUUGGACUGCCUGAUGUGGGCAUUUCGGGAAAGCGUUGUGACCCGCAGCAGCCCUUUGUGGAGGACACGAGUUCUCAGAAUAAUAACGAACUUUAUAAUUUCCAAAACGAAAAUGUCGCAGGUGCUGCCUACGCCAAGGGGGUGUAUCCUGCAGGCAAUCUGAUGACAUCGAAGUCCAUUGGUGCUGACGGUCUCCACAAAGCGGUGCCGGUGUAUAUAGAUAGGGAGGGGCACCCAACCCAGUGCCCAGCAGGCGACGAUGUCACCUCUUACAACUUGAGCCGACUGGGCAAAAGCGGAGGGCUGAGAUUUAACGAUGUAGGGGAGAUAGAAAUCGACUACAGCUACUACCUGAAGGCUUCGCCCAGCGAAUCUAAUGAUGAUGUCAACACUCUAACCUCUGCCUUCUAUAAACCAGGCCGAGCCCUCGUCAGCAACGACCGCGAUAAAAACCGCAGUGGCGCGAGAGACGACUCUCGCGGUGAUUGCAACCGGGCGAGUGACCUUAAUGCGACCCCUGACCCCCGUAACGCUCACGGCGAGGACACUGCCGCUGAUGGUGGUCACUCAGACGAUAUCAGCAACCGACCUUUGAGCGAUUCUGUCAGAGAGGCGAAGGAUUUCAGUUUCUCUCUGGUGCAAGACCAGCUAUACAUGAAAAUCCGGCCGAGAGAGACGGGGCUGAGACAAGGGGGUGUAGUGUGCUCGAUGCCAAACCUCAGCGACCAUGGCGCUGCGACCACGGCGAGGGAUGCUGGAACUUCGUUGGACGCCGGAAGUGCUUCAUUCGCCGAGCUGCGCCGCAUGCAGAAGAAGGACGGCAACUUUUUGGAAGUGCAGAGACGAAGCUACAGUUCUUGUGACACUGGAUACACAAAUGGUGUCAGGAGGCCGGGGCAAGGGGCCAGAAAUUCCUGUGACGUAGGCAGCUUGUACAGACAGGCGGAGCUGCACGCUCCCAAACCCCAACUUGCGCGUUCUACGGCGGACAGACUGUCCAUCAACUUAGGGGACCUGCCGAGGAUUCACGAGCAGCUUCGUGCCACGUCAGAAAUGCUUCUGUCGCAGAGCCCUCGACGUCAUCAGUUUGCUUCUUCCUCCGACAUCUACAAACUGUUCCAAGGACAGCAGAGCUCGUCCUCUCUGCUUCUACAAGGGAAGGGAGCUUUACAGAGGCACAGCUUCUCCACCUUCCCUCCGCAAGCUGAACACUGGAAUGUUUCGCAGAAUCUCACAGAUGUCAAGCCUCGCGUGGUUUCCGCUCCUUUCUCUCCCGUCCACCUGUCACAGGGGCGUGCAUCUUCGACGCAGUCCUCAGGUACUUCAUCUUUUGGUGUGCAAGGACCUGUGCGCGGGAACCACACCAUCGCACUUCCACAUCAGGGUGUGUACUCCAGUGCAUCCGGUGGUCACAAAGAAGGUCCAGGGAUUUAUCAGAAUGUUCACGGCGUCCAGAACAGACGGAGCGCACUGAGAAAUAUGGACAAGAUGAAGGGACUCAGAGAAACCUUAGAGAAAGGCCAGCGGUUUGCAACGGAUGUGAUUGAAGAUGAAAACGGAGAGCGAUUGUCAACCCUUGUGUGACACACUCAAAACACAUCACAAUGACACGUACAGAUACACACGUGCACGCGCAUGCGUGGGACCUGUCUGUAACUUUUCAGAACAUUUUUAAGAUGCGUUAACAACAACGAUAUAUGUGGAUUGGCUUUGAUGACAAGUAUGAUGGGAGGCAUUAAUUGUUUGGGAUCAAAAUAUAAUUGAUGUUGUCAUAAUUUGUAUGUGAAUGUAUCAUUAUUAUUUCUUUAUUUGAUCGAGUUGUUUGGAGUGAGAUGUGUGACCUUCUGUUGUUUGUUUACUGGAAAAUUUGUAAUGUACAAACCAUAUGGUUGUGUAUGGACGGUGUGAGUAUAUAUAGUUGUGUGUUCCGCCUCUUCAUCUCUCAUUACGAGUUAAUUUGUAAAGAUCAUUAUCAUCACCACGGAUACAGUGUUUACAGGAUAGCUCAGUGAACUUUGAACUACGUGAUGUUACUUCUUUGUGGAAAAUCAGAAUAUAAUGGGGACCAGGGCUUUGCACAAAUUUCUUCUGAAAGGAAGCAAGCAUCCUUAAGAAAAAUUGCUGAUUUUGUCGGAUAAGCCAGAUUAUGACAGUGAGAUACACUUCAAACUUUCUUCACGAAAUUAUCAGUUUUACGGGACUUAGCAAACUGUAGAACAUCAAAGUCCAUGUCGCCGACCCCGCUGUUCAUGCCGAUGACCUCCUGGAAACGAAAAUCAGAGGAACACAGUAUGGAAAAAAAUAACUGCUUUCACCCCGAGUCAGCAGCCGAGGCUGUAUCACAGGUCUGUCCUCUUCACUCUCUCAUUAAAAAGCUGCCAAGUGCAGAGAGGGCGCUCGUGCCUUUGAGACAGGAAUGAAGGAGGAGAUAAAAUAUUGGUGUAUAAUGCUUCAGUUCUGGGAGGGUGCUAGAGCUACCUCAGUAAUUCGGAUGCUUUCAUGCCAGUGUGGAGCUGUAAAUUACAAGUGUCUGUUGUUGACAGAUGUGUAACAAUAACCUCUGAUCAUCGUUGCCAGUCUUACUAACCCUGUUACUGGAAUGUCUGAUGUCUUGCGUGAGAAUACAUCGUCAAAUAUUAACGAGUGUGCAGCAUAUCUGUUCAGUGAAAAUCUCAUUUCAAAUCCAAAGAAAAAUAAAAUUGAAAUAACUC